UGAGAACCAAGAAGGUGAGAAUAGGAGGCGAGAAAUUAAAACGUGAAAACACAAAAAUGUCGAAAAGACCAAAUACAGAUGAAAAUAGCGGUGAUGACGAUGAAUGUAUAGGUCCAAUGCCAUCAGAAGCAGCAAAGCCAAAGAAAAAGAAAGUGUUGGAAUAUGAAAAAGUUUACUUAGAUAAUUUACCAAAUGCUGAGUCUUAUGAGAAGUCAUAUAUGCAUAGAGAUACCAUCACCCAUGUAGCUGUCACUAAAACUGACUUUAUAAUCACUGCAAGUUGUGAUGGUCAUUUGAAGUUCUGGAAGAAGCAAGAAUCGGGAGGGAUUGAAUUUGUGAAACACUUCAGAAGCCAUUUAGGUAACAUAGUUGAUAUGGCAGUAAGCAGUAAUGGUGAACACUGUUGCACAGUUUCAGAUGAUAAAACAAUGAAAAUAUUUGACAUUGUCAACUUUGAUAUGAUUAAUAUGAUAAAGCUGGGAUAUGUGCCUCUAUGCUGUGGGUGGUUGUUUGCCCCUGGAGAUGCGUGUACUGCAAUAGCUGUGUCUGAAAAAGACAGCAGUAAGAUUCAUGUGUAUGACUCUAUUGGGGCUCAUGAACCUUUACAAACAUUGGACAAGCUGCAUUUUAAACCUGUCACACUCAUAAAGUACAACCCGGUGUAUGAAGUUGCUGUGUCAGCUGACCAGGGUGGAAUGGUGGAAUACUGGACAGGCCCCAAAACAGAUUAUAAAUUCCCCAAAACUGUAGCCUGGGAAUAUAAGACAGACACUGACCUCUAUGAGUUUGCUAAGAACAACACAGUCCCUAUCAGCCUUGCAUUCUCGCCAAAUGGUAAGCUACUGGCUACAUUAGCGAAAGACAGAAAGGUGCGCAUAUUCAAGUUCCUGACAGGAAAGCUGACAAAAAUCCUUGACGAAUCAUUAUCUCAGUUCACUCAUUUACAGCAGAUGAAGCAACAGCUUCCAAACAUGGAGUUUGGUAGAAGAAUGGCUGUAGAGAGAGACCUGGAGAAAGCAGAGGCAUUUUCAUUGGUCAACAUUAUAUUUGACCCGAGUGGUAAUUUUGUCAUCUAUGCGACAAUGCUGGGCAUAAAGGUUAUAAACUUGACCACUAACAGAUGUGUAAGAUUCAUAGGUAAACCAGAGAAUGUCCGCUUCCUCUAUCUUGCUCUCUGUGAGGGCUCAUCCAAGAAAUCAUCAGCAGCAGUUACCAUGGAGAUGGAGGCAUCAGAUAAUCCUAAUCUCACCAAUACACCUAGUGAUCCAACAAUAUUCUGUACAGCCUUCAAGAAAAAUCGAUUUUAUUUGUUUUCUCGGAGGGAACCCAUAGAUACUAAAAGUGCUGAUACAGAGAGAGAUGUUUUCAAUGAGAAACCCAGCAAAGAGGAACUUAUCUCAGCUACACAGGAGAGCUCCUACUCGCGGACUGCCAGUUCUGCUGUCUUACACACCAGUAUGGGAGAUAUACAUGUGAAACUAUUUCACAAAGAGACACCAAAGACUGUGGAGAACUUUGUGGUACAUAGUAAGAAUGGCUACUUCAAUGGUCAUCUAUUCCAUAGAGUCAUCAAAGGAUUCAUGAUACAAACUGGAGACCCACUAGGGAGUGGUACAGGGGGUGAAUCUAUCUGGGGUGGUGAAUUUGAAGAUGAAUUCCACCCAAAUCUACGACAUGAUAGACCAUACACACUCAGUAUGGCUAAUGCUGGCCCCAACACUAAUGGCUCACAGUUCUUCAUUACAGUGGCACCUACUCCGUGGCUUGAUAACAAACAUACCAUAUUUGGGCGGGUAACAAAAGGCAUGGAAAUUGCACAGAACAUUUCAAAUGAGAAGACACAUCCAAAAACAGACAAGCCAUACGAGGAUAUAAAAAUCAUAAGUGUGACUUUGAAACAAUAAUAUUUUUAUACUGAAUGAUGAUAUGCAAAUAAAAAAAGUAAA